AUGAGCAAUUAUAGGCAAAAUCAUCGCUCUUUCCGUAAUCACACACAUCAUCAUCAACAACGACAACGAGGCUAUUAUCCGCGUAACACUCCAAGACUCCCUAGUUAUCAGUCUUCUAUACGGCAUCCCAGAGUUCAUAAUGAUCCAGAAAAUGAUUAUUUAUCGUUUUUGUUUGAUGGUUCUUAUGCAACAACUGAUCAUAAUGAGAACUUUGUUCCACAAUUUCAGGAUCAAACCGUUGUUUCCGAUCAACCUCCUCUUCCAUCGAACAAUCCUGUGGAUACAGUCUUACCAUCAAUUGUUGUAAACAGUCAUAGUCCAAUUGAUGAUGUCUCUGUAGCUACUGAGUCGAACGAGACUAGUGGAAAUAUGUUAGUGAAUACAAAUAACAUGACUGAUCAGGAGAGAACUUCAGGCUUUUCUUUUCGCUCUCUGCGGUAUCGCUGUUUGAACUUCAUUAAUUGCUACUAUUACUAUUGUCUUGAAGAGAAGGAGGGCGAUGACAGCGUGUUGAAGUAUUUGACUAUAAGUACUCAUUAUGCUCCUGCUACAGACGAAGUCGAUCGCGAAGUAGUUGCUGGUGUUGAACCAUCAGAAAUCUGUGCUAUAUGUCUUUCUGAAUUUGAGCAUGAAAAGGUUAUAGGGUCAUUGCAGUGUGGACACGAGUAUCAUGUCGGUUGCAUCAAACAAUGGUUGUUGAUGAAGAAAGAUUGUCCCCUAUGCAGAGCUUUAGUUUAG